AUGCACAUCUUUUACAUCAUUAAAGUGCUUGGCAAAUUGGCAAUUGAAUUGGUGUCAGCAGUGAAGGAUGAUCAGAUUCAUGGUGGCUGCGCAAGGAUGAGAGAGAGAUAUCAUUGUGCAUCGACCAGCACCAACCAAGGCCUUCAAAACCUCACCACCUCAUCAUAUGCUUCAUCUCAACCUUCAUCACUCUUUGACUCUUCAACACUCUCAUCCGUUUCAAGUCCCGAAUGCGAUCAAUCAUCUCAUUCUAAACUGAAACCAUUCAAACCAUCUCAACCGUUCAUCAUCGAAGAGCCAUCAGAAUCAGAACAUAUUUCUCCAGACAUUGGACUUGAUCGACUGAUCUCUCUAUCAACUCAGAUGCUUGCAAGCUCUACGGCAGCACUAGCAUCUACUAUCGCAACACGUAGCUCGAUAUCUUCAUUGACCAAAAUUGAACAUACCCUUGAUCGAACCAUUAGGACUCAUGAACGAACUCUUAGAAGAAGACUUGAUACAGUAGAAGAAAACAAACUUAAACUCGAUAGUAUAGGACGAGAGCUAAAUUCGUGGCAUGGAGAACAUCAUAAUGUUGAUCAAAUCAAUCAUGAAGAAGAAGCAGCUCAAUUAACUAAAACCAUUGUCUCAGCUGAAAGAGCAAGAAUGAAAUCUGAAUCUUCUCAUCCAAGAGAAACAUCAUAUAGACCUUUAGUUUCUAUAAGACAACCCAAACAAUCUACAACAUACUCUAAUACACUACACAUCAAUGCAGAUGGAUGUUUACCCAAACCUUCAAGUUUUACCAGAAAAACUUCAUCAACUCAUUCCUUACGACAUUCGAUUUCACAUUUCAAUUCGACAACCCGACCUCCUAGUCCUGCUUCAUCACUUUUGAAUUCUUUAUCAAUCACUUCACCACCUAAACUGUUUCAUAAACGAUCCAGUUCUUCUUCUUUUCUCAGUAUCAAACAAGACGAAAGAGGUGAGAAUCAUCAUCAUCAUCAUUGUGUUUCUAUUUUACCGAUUACUGAAGAAGAUUCUCAGAUUCAUUUGUUAUCAUCUCAAAGGAAUCAUCAGUCUGUAAAUGAUUCUUCUUCAACACGUUAUCCAACACAUCGUCAUUUAAAUUAUCAUCAUGAUUAUCAUUUCUUUGAAUCAACAACUGGUGUAGGAGACUAAAAACCCUUUCAAACAAAAUCCUUUUCUUCAAGAUUUCAUUUCUCGUUUUGUUGAUCUCUUUUUUUUGGGGGGCGGAGACGGGAGGUCUUAAGUGAUAAGUACUUUCAAAUCAAGGAAGAAAAAAAAAUUGAGAAAUUGAUGAUCAUUCAUAUCUAUGUUUUGUAAAAGAAAUGUUUGUAGAAUUGAAGAAAAAAUUUCAUAAAGGAUUAACAAUUGUAUCAUGUUUCAUUCAAACCUCUUUAAUUAAAUGUAUGGUUUAAUCUUUCUUCUUAUAUAUAUCUUUUUGGGUUUUCAUUCUUAGUGGGUUUCAAGUUUUUUUUUCUUUAAUUUGCAAACACAGAAAAACAAGUUGUGUGUUUUUGGUAUCAGUUUCUUUGUGAUUUGUUUACACAUUUAAGAUGUAUAUAUAUUUCAGGUAGAGAUAAAGAAGAAGUUGAAGAUUGAUUAUACAUAUGCAUCAGUUUACUUACCACUCGUUUUAGUCUUAUUUUAAAAUUGCUUAAAAUUUUUUUCUUUGUUGUUUCUUUUCUUUGGCCUUUUAGUGUUUGAUUUGAUUUCUUUUGCUAUACAUACAUAGAUACCUUGAUCAAACUCUUUGCCAUUCCCAUUCAACUUAUGUAAAGAGUCCAAUUUGAUCUUGUCACUUUAACUUAUACAAAUUUGUUUAGUAUACCCAAAUUGAAGAAGCAGAAAUACAAGUUUUUUGUAAGUUUU